UAGCUUCCGUCGGACGGGCCUGGCCAUCAAAAACGCGCGGGCUUUCUUUUUUUUUCAUAUUUGUUUUGUUGAUCAGCAGUUUUGUUUAUUUUUAGAAAAAACAUAUAACGGUUAUUAGGUCAUUAUCUAUUUUCGAUUCUGAAACUGUUUUUUGGAUUUCUACUUGAUUCUCGCUAGUUUUAAAACUGAUUCUUCUUCAUUUCAAAGAAACCGAUAUAUUAUUUACUGAUUAUUUCUCGAAUUUUUCUGCUCCUCUGCUUCUCUGCUGUUGAAACUUAGCGUGUUUUUUUUGUUCGUAAUUCAUUACGUUUGCAUCGCAAAUAUGGUGAAGAGGAUUAGAAAUGAUGAUUCUAGGUAUAAUUUCGUUUGUUUUUGCUGCAAAUUUUUUUUUGUUUUCAAAAUUUGAGCGUUUUUGUUGUUGUAAUUGUAAUGUAGCCCGAAGUCGAAGAAGGUGAAGAGUCUUGCAUCUUCAGGAAAAAUUUUGGCACUGUCUACUGCUGGGAAGAAGAAAGAGAAAGAUGGUGAUUAUGAUCCAAGAUGUGAUAAAUCCUUGUCUAAGAAGAAAGGCAAAUCUGAUUUAUCACCAAUCAAGUUUUCAUUUUCAAGAUCUAAUCCCGAUCAACAGAAAGACACAUUUGAUAGAUCGAAUAUGUGAAGAACAUGCACAAGUUGAAGAGGAAUGCGCUUGCAUUCUGUCAAGUGAAUUUGGAGAUUGCCCAGAAUAUUCGGGAGGAAGGCGAGAAGCUGUCUCAAGACAGUAUUUCUCUGGAUGAUAGUGAAGUAUUUAACCCAGAUUUUCUGAGUCAAAUUGACGACAUAUGCAAGCGUCAUUUGGAAGCGAAAGACAGUGCAAACAAAGUUGAUCCUACAAUUUCACUAUUGGUGAAGCGGCCUGUUGAAUUGGAGUUUGGAAGAAUUGAAAAUGUUCCUGAUUUGGAUUCUGGUGUUCAUGGAGUUGAUUUGAAAGAAGGAAAUGAUGAAAAAGAAGGAGAGGAGGAUGAGAAGAAGAUGAAUGAUGAUGAUGAUCAGCAUAAAGAAGAUGAUGAUGAUGAUGAUGAUGAUGAUGAUGUGAUGAUAAGGAUCACCAGAAUUAUAAUGAAACAAAGGAUGAUGAUGCUGAUGAUAAUGGUGAUCCUGGUCUUCAAGGAGAUGAAGACAAAGGAGUAGAUAAGGAUGCUGGCCUUCAUGGAGAUGAAGACAAAGGAGGAGAUAAUGGUGAUCCUGGUCUUCAAGGAGAUGAAGACAAAGUAGGAGAUAAGGAUGUUGGUCUUCAUGGAGAUGGAGAGGAAGGUGGAAGUAAGUUC